CAGUCUAUAUUUAGGAAGAACAACUGCAAGCUAUGACAGGAAUUCUCUUUUACACUUGGCUUCUGAACAUCGCUCCACUCCAGCCCCAGAAGUCCUUUCCCUUGACAGUAUCCACGGCACAAAGAACUUCAUCUAUUUCACAUGAAACAUCUCAGCUGACCUAAGGUGUCUCAGCAGCAAAAGGAGGUGUAGCAUUCACUGUUCUGACGGGCUGCAACUUUUCUGAUAUAAAUAAUCAGUGAAAAAUCUGUUGCUUAAAAAUGUCAAAUCAACGAGCUUCAAAUGUCAGAAGCAUUCAGGCAAAUAUUAACAUCCCAAUGGGAGCACUUUUGCCUGGCGCAGGUCAGCCUCCUAAAAGAAAAGAAUCUACUGAACCUGAAGAGAAUCUUCCAAGUCCACCUGAAGAAGAAAAGAAAAAGACUCUCCCAGGAGCCAAGAAGUUACCAGGCCCAGCAGUUAAUCUCUCAGAAAUCCAGAACGUAAAGAGUGAACUGAAAUUUGUUCCGCGAUUUGAAUAAUAAAAGAAAUGAAAUUGUAUGUAGAAGAUAUGAUCAUACCACUACCUGUGUGCUGAACCAAAGGAAAAUUACUUACAUGCAUAGGACUGCUUCAGAAGAUGAAUGAGAAACUUAAACCACAUUAGAAAUAGUUUAUUCCUGUACAAUAUAAAUAAUAUAACUGUGUGAAUUAACUAAAGUUAUCUCAGGAGGUUAUAUGGUUCAUUAAAAUCAAGUAUUUUCAUUUUCAAAACGAACUUUGGCAUAAGCAAUAUGAGUUGUAAAGAAACAGUAUGAGAGGUGAGUCUUUUUUCUAGAUUGAUAGUUCAGUUCUGACAACUUGAAUGUGGUGUGAUUGCUGAUACGAUCCUGCUCGUAAUGUAGCUCUGAAAUGAGAAUAGUCUGCUCUCUCUCUCUCCCACUCCCAGUUAGCAAUUGUUGAGUCAAAUAAUGAUAAUAAUAAUAUGAUCACACUUUAAAAGCAAGAACAGUGUGUUUUUGGCUAGGACCAGCAUGUGAUUGUCUAGGGCAGUGUUUCUCAACCUUGGCAACUUCAAGCUGUGUGGACCGCAACUCCCAG